AUGGGUCGCUCCCCGCCUUGUGACCAAGAGCAAGAGCGCUUUGCAGGGUUUGCAUCUCUUUGGGAGCCUAAGGCAGAAUUUACCGGAACUGGCAGGCCUCACACUACAACAAGCAGCGAACUAGUCUAUUAUUUACUGUACGCGCUAGCCGAAAAGGGUCUAACUUCUAUCGCUGAAAUACGGCAGGCAGCCAACUGGGGCGCUCAAAACCCUAUUAUAGCUACCUGCGCGGUUGUCGGCACCACUGGUGCCGUUGUUCUCGCUGUCCCUGGCCUCGUAACAGCCCCAGUUCUAUCGAGUAUGGGUUUCACAAUAGGCGGCAUCCAGGCAGGUUCUGCAGCCGCUGCCGCUCAUAGUUGGAUCGGAAAUAUUGCAGCCCGGAGCGCGAUGGCUAUAGGACAGAGUGCUGGUGCAGAAGGGAGUGGCCUUGUAGUUGUCAAUGGGGCUGCCCAGAUGGGGGGUGCCAGAUCGUCGCCGAAUGUCAUAAAUAUCGUGUUAGUGAUUUUCUGCGGUGGGAACCCUGUUUGCCUUGAGACACUCCACGGAAAGUUGGAAGAUGUUCACAAAGCCUUUUCGAAGUGA